AUUGUCAAGGGUCUUCACAUGGACAUUGUUGAGGACAGGAGCGCUGUCCAGGAUAAAGAUGCAGCUCUGAACCUCCUGAGAGAACUGGCCUCUCUGCCCGAGACCGAGGGUGAGAGGAGGGCCAACCUCUUCCACAAGCUUGUCACCAUGGUCCGUGGAAUGAAGACUGAGACCCUGAGUCCCGCCAUUCCAGAGGCUCUUGCAGUGUCCCGUGUCCUGACCUACCAGGUUCUGGUCCAAUGUGGAACUCCUGAAUGCAGCAGUGCAAUCAUGCAGAUCCUCAGGACUUUCGACAGCUCCUCGCUCGAGGUUGAUGCCAGUGUUUUUGCUUUGGGACUCGUGUCAAAUCCCUCUGCCCUCUUGAUUAAUGACAUGCUUGAGAUGGCCAAAUACAAGCCCAGCAAGCCCAUCAUGUAUGCCCUGAGCAAUGUUGUCAAGAGGUUUUACAAAACUCAGGAAAAACUGAUCCCUGAGAUUUUCUCUGUUGCUGAGUUCAUGGCUGCCCAGUUGGGUGACUGUUCUGGUGACAAGGAAAACACUUUCAUGACACUGAGAGUUAUUGGCAACAUGGCUCCAGCUCUGGUAUCUGCUGGUCCCGCACUCAGAUCUGCUGUGAUCCAGUGUGUGAACCAACCUGCAGCUUCCCCAGCUGUGCAGCAGGCUGCCAUCCAAGUGUUCAGGCUGACUCCCGUCCCCGAGGAGGGCAGAGGGGUUCUCAUGCAAGUGCUUUUGGACAGCGCCAGCCCCAUGCAAAAGCGCAUUGCUGCCUAUCUGGUUCUUAUGAAGGACCCCAAGCCCACUGAAUUGGCCCAGCUGGCUAAUGCCUUGCCCAAUGAGCAGGACAAACAAGUCAAGAGCUUUGUGAUCUCCCACAUUACCAACAUCUUGUCCUCAACUGAGCCAGAGACCCAAGAACUGAAACAGAAGAUCCGUGAUGCCCUGCAGGGUAAUGAGAUCGGACCCACCAUGGACCCCACCAAGUUCUCUCGCAACUACAGGCUUGGAUCUGUGGAGGGCAACAUGAUCUUUGAGGGAACCAGCUACCUGCCCAAAGAGGCCAUGCUUGACAUGACUCUGAGGGCAUUUGGCUAUGACAUCGACAUGAUGGAGAUUGGUAUGGAAGGAAAAGGAUUUGAGCCAACCAUUGAAGCCUUGUUUGGAAAGAAUGGCUUCUUCCCUGACACUGCCCUGAAGACAAUGUACUUUGUCUCUGACAACAUGCCACUCAAAGUCAAUGAGAUCCUGCAGAACAUCCUCCCUGCUCUGAAGAACAACAGGAUGAAGAGACAGGCUUCCCAGAACUUGAUGAGGGAGAUCGGACGCAACCUCAACAAACUGGUCAGGGAAAUGAAGACAGCAGAGUCCCCAGAGGCAAUGGUUUAUUUGAGGCUUUUGGGAAAUGAGCUGGGAUAUUUGAGGACCAACGAAAUGGAGGAGAUGGCAUACUCUGCUGCCAUGAUGAUUGACAGCAUGUUCAAGAUGUUCCCAACUGAUAUCAUGAAGGCACUGAUGACCAAGGCUGAUAACACCAUCUUUGCCCACUACAUCUUCAUGGACAAUGAAUUCUUCCUGCCCACUGUCACUGGUGUGCCUCUGAGGAUUGCACUGUCUGGUACCUUCACCCCUGGCAUCAAGGGUGGACUUCAGAUUGCCCGUGAUAUGAGUGAGGUGACCUUCAUGCCUUCAGCUGGCAUUGAGUUUGUAACUCAGAUUGGCUCCCACAUCCCUGAAUAUGUCAACUCUGGAUUGGAGAUGCACACCACCUUAUUCCAUGAAAGUGGUCUCAGUGCCAAGAUCUCCAUGGAUCGUGAUAAUGUCAAGCUGACCAUCCCUGCUCCAGUUAAUCCUAUCAAGCUCAUCAAAAUGACAAACACCCUGGUGGCAGUGACUGGAUCUGAGGUGAAGACCAUCCCCCCUAUGGUGAUGGACAAGGUUGAUGUCAGCGAGUGCACUCCCUUCUUCGCUGGAAUGAAAUACUGCACUGCUCUGCAGUACAUUGAUGCUUACUCUCAGGAGACCGCUCCCUACUUCCCCUUCACCGGAGACAGCAAAUUUGCUGUGGAGCUCCACCCCACUGGUGAAGUCACUGAAUACACAGCCAUUCUUGCCUACGAGCUCCUCAAGGAGGGAGAAGAGGGCCGGCAGAAAGUUGACACUGUCAAGUUUGUUCUGAGGGCUGAAGGUGCAGCACCCACUGAAGCCAGAGCAAUCAUGAAAUAUAACAGAAGGAGGAAUGUCAUCACAGCUGACAUUGAGAUCCCUGACUACGAUGUGGAGGCUGGACUCAGACUGGGUGUUGUUGAUGGAAAUACCAAGGGCAAAGGAACUCACUCCAUCUCUCUUGACUUGAUAAACAAGAACGUCCCUCAGCUCUCUCUGGUUGGCCGUGCCAAUCUGAAAGCCAUGAAGGAAGGGAUGCUGCAAAUCCAACUCCUUGUCCCCUCAAUCAAUGCUGAUGCCACCGUCACAGCUAACAUGAAACGUGAUGAAGACUUGGAAUUGGAGCUUAAGAGUGAAAUCAAGGCCAUGACUGUCACCUCUGAGCAGAAAAUCACAAUGAAAUACGAUGUCAGCAAGAUUGAGGUUGAGUUCAAGUCUGAUGUUAACACUGACACAUCCAGCUGGCCACAGGCUGAUAUGAUUGAUAUGUAUGGCAACCAGCUUCUUGACAUGAAGGUGGGAGAAACCGACAUGAAAAUGCGUCACAUCUUCAAGAAGUUUGGAGAGGCAGCAAACAACUACAUGGACAAGUAUGGCGUGGAUAUCCCUUACAUUCAGAACUUCAGAGUACCCGAUAUGCCUGAGAUUUCCCUGCCAGAAAUACUGUUCCUGAAUACUGAGGCAAAGGCUGUCUACCACUUCAAUGAUGAGCGCUUCACCAUUGCUGUCCCUCUUCCUCUUGGAGGAAAGUCAACGGAGGAGCUUAACUUCCCACCAGCUUUAACCACACCCAGCUUGUCUCUUCCCCACUUCGGACUGGAGAUUGCCUCCAUGGAAAUUCCCAUCCCUGAGCUUGUUUUCCUUGAGAGCCUUACACUGUCCAUUCCUCUUUUUGGCAAAGCUGAAGUUUCAACUCAGAUGAAGAGUAACCUUUAUGACAUGGAGGCAUCAAUGGCCGCCGGCAAAGAUGUUGUGGAGACACCAAGCUACUCAGCUAAGUUUGAUGUGAAAGGAACCUCCCCACUCGACAUCCUCUCAAUAAAGAUUGAAGGCUCUGGAAUGGUGGCCACCACUGACUCCAUCAAGGCCCAGCUGAAAAGCUCUUUGACUCAUAAAUUCCUCGACGCCAGUAGUAGUAUUGUUGAGGAUGCAACCAUCACAGACAAAAUUAAUUUGAAAUCCAGCAGCAAGAUUGAAGCCACUAGCCCAUUUGGUCUCAAUAUUGCACUAGAGCACACUGGCAUGACUGGAAUCAACACUGAGGAAAUCUCUGCUGACAGCAACUUUGAGGGAAUGGUCAGGGCUGGACCCGUGUAUGGCAAGACCAUUUCAACCCAGUCGGUUUCCAUCUUCCCACCCAUGAGAGAAGCAAAGAUUGAUUCUAUUGUCAAGGUGGACUCAACCAUUGUAAAAGCCGAAAACACAAUUGCAGCAACUCUGGCCAAUGGAGAAUUCUCAGUUGUGUCAAACACCAAUGCCUUUGAAAACACCUUAACCCAUGUUGUUGAGCUUUCCUUCAAAGACAGCAAGCUGUCUCUGAAAUGUGAUGCCAAUGCCCUCGCUCUUGGCAUAAAGAUCCGCAACCUGGCUGAAGCCUCUGCUGGUGCUGGUGAAGUUGUCAUGAGAAUAGAAACAAAUGCAGACCACUCUGAAAACCGUGUUUACUCUCUGCUGAGUGCCUCUCUUGAUGUCAAUGGUCUGGCUGUAAACAGCGAUGCCACGAUUAAGCUCCUUGAGAAUGAGGCCACUCACAAGGCUACUCUGAAAAUGAACAAGGACGGUUUGACCACAAGUGGUACAACCACCCUCCAGAGCCCCCUGUCCCUGGAAAACACUUUCAGUGCUGGGCUUGAUGCUUCACUGGCUACUCUAUCCAUUACCAACAAGGCUGUAGUGCGUGACAUCAAGAUUGAUAAUACCAACACUCUGACCAUUACUCUCUCUGGUCUUGACUUCAAGUCAAAGGCUGAAGCCACUGCCAGUAAGUAUGCCUCUUAUGACCAUGAUAUCACCCUUGAUGUAAAACCCUACACUGCCACUGCAAAUGUCAAUAACAACCUGAAACUUCUGGCGGCUAACUUCAUUAAUGAGGCUCAGCUGCAGGCAGAGCUUUACAAGAUGGACCUGACUGGAAGCCUGAAAGCCAUUUAUGGUGAGGAAGAGAUCAA